CGAGAUACCAGUGCUGGCCAAGGACAACUAACUCUUCUCUCUUCCUCUUCUGUGACUUCUUUUGCAACGGGAGUAACACGAAAGGAGAACCUGGAGAAUAUUUUACGGUAAAACGUUGCCGCAGGAUAUUCAACUGCCUCUCAUUAAGCUUGGUGACGAAUUUCGAUUUAUCAAGAUCUGGAGCAGAACGAUUUUUUCCAUCCUCACUUUUAAUUUCCUGGCGAGAUUCUUCUUUUUGAUUGUUUUCUUCGUCGACUCCGUUCUUAUUGAAAGGAAUGUUGAUUACGUGGAUGAUUUUUAAUUGACAUUGUUUACACAGGUCGUUUUGGAGAUUGACUUAGUGAUGUUUGACUUUUGAUAUUUUGAAAGAAUUGCAAACUGGCACUUUUGUCUUCCGAUGUGAUACUAUGAUUGCUUUAUGGAUUGUACAUCAAAAAUUUAAUUUCGAAAUACCGUUCGAAAUUUGAAUUUUAAAACGAGAGUGCUACUACUGCUAAACUAUUUGUGUAUCAAAAAUAAAUUUCACCGAUGACAUUUUGGAUAAUAACACGAGAAUAGCUCUUAUUAAAUUUUGUGCAGACUAUUUUUUUUUUCUUUCCAGAAAGGAAAUCCUCGGUUUAAAUUUAAUGCAGAAUAUUUAAAUGCUAGGAAAUUAAGAAGAAAAUAAUGUGACUUUAAUUGGAAUAUUUCUAUUAUUUUUAACGUGCUGCCAAAAAAGUGACUUCUGAUUUUUAACUUUUAAUACCAUGAAAAUGAAGCGAGAAGCAAAAGGUGAAAAACUUUAUCAAAAACAAAGAUUGAAAAUAAAUGUAUCGAGUUGGGAAAGAUCAUUUAAUAAUAAAAACAAUUAAUUGAGAACUUCAUAAAUAACAGGAAAAAUGUGUUUAGGUACGGUGAUAAAUACCUAGCACAUAAACAUACAGAACAAAAGACUCCUGUAAAGGAAUAAAAAUCCUAUCACAAUUCAGAGAACAUUUCUAAUUGUGGUGUUACCAAAUCUAAGCUGCUAAUAAAAUAAUAUUUUUUAUAAUAAUUUACCAAAUAUAAAAUAUAGUUCAGCUUUAAAAGGAUCAAAAAGAAAGGCGGUUAGUUAGGGUAGAACGACGGAAUCGAAGAAAAUUGAGGAGCAGUCCCAGAGUGCCGGAGAAGAAGCAGAAGACGAGUCAUCCUCGGACGCGAUGACAGUGAGUUAUCAAUAUGAUGUGGCUUCUUCGGCCUCUGGGGGCUUUAUUCGUCUGCUCUUUAGAUGGAGGGGUAGUGUUUGGAAAGUGGUAUACAGGGAAAUGUUCAUAUUUACCAUGUGCUACAUACUUCUAACCAUUCUUUACCAGUUUGUACUUGCGGAUUCUCAGAAAUGGAUAUUCGAAAAAAUAGUGUAUUUCUGUUCCACAUUCAUGGAUCUUAUUCCGCUGUCUUUUAUGCUUGGAUUUUAUGUGUCGUUCAUCGCAGCAAGGUGGUGGAGUCAGUUUAUAGCCAUACCGUGGCCAGAUAAGUUAAUGAAUAUAGUUGCGAUGUAUAUUCCUGGACUAGAUGAAUCUAGCAGAGUAGUACGAAGGACAUUGAUGCGUUAUCUUAAUCUAUCCCUUGUUCUAGUUUUGAGAUCAAUAAGUAUGGCCGUAAAGAGAAGAUUUCCAACCAAAGAACAUCUCAUUGAAGCAGGUUUCAUGACUAAAACUGAGUUGGAAAUGUUCCAAAGUGUUCCCUCUACAGAGUUCAACACUUUUUGGAUCCCUUGUACCUGGUUCAUCAACGUUCUUCGAGAAGCGAGACAAGAAUGCAGAAUAACUGAUUCGAAUGGCCUUAAACUGAUCAUGGAGGAGUUGAACGAAUUCAGAUCAAAAUGUGGAUUGCUGUGGGGGUAUGAUUGGAUUAGCAUUCCUUUAGUUUAUACACAGGUUGUAACCAUGGCAACGUAUGCAUUUUAUGUAGCUUGUAUGUUUGGUCGGCAAAACGUUGAUGUGGCUGAUGCAAGUCCAUCAUCACCUGAAGUGCAUCGAUACGAUUUCUACGUUCCAAUCUUUACUAUUCUUCAAUUAAUGUUUUAUAUGGGCUUGCUAAAGGUAGCGGAGCAGUUAAUUAAUCCUUUUGGAGAUGACGAUGAGGACUUCGAAUUAAAUUGGAUAAUCGACCGUCACAUGAAGGUAUCUUAUUUGGGAGUUGAUACGCUAAAUGGGACGCCACCUCCUUUGGUUAAAGAUACAUAUUACGAUGAGCUAGAUGUAAAAAUUCCAUACACAGAAGCAUCUAAAAACUACAAAAAGAAAACAUACAGAGGAUCGGUUGCAUACAUGCAAGUUCCUAUGGAGCAGCAGGGAAUGGUUCUUCCUGACAUGUCAGAAGAUGAUGAUGACGGCGAGACAAUUAGUGAGGUUAUGGGUCCAAGGCGGCAAUCAAUGUUUAGUUUAUUCCAAGGCAGAGACUCCAAAGGUGUAAGUCCGGCUAGUAGUUACACUAAUUUAGACACCAGAUCCAUCGACUCAAUAGAUUCUGAUCUGAGAGACCCGUUGCCAUACAAGUCGAAUUCUGGGGCCAAGAACGCUUCAGGUACCUUGGGGGUUGAUCAAGAUUCUCCUUAUGUCAUUGAUAUGGCUAUGGCAGAAGAUGACGAAAUCGUGCUGCAAGAGGUGAUAGUGGAUAAAGACGGAGAAAGAACGAUACCGAAAUACACCUCUGAUAUUCUACAAAUUCCAGGUUCAUUUAAAGAUGGAUCGAAUUUGAAAGAUUCUAAGCCAAGAUUUAAUUUAUUAGGGAGGCUAAGUCCACAAAUAGCACCAAAAUUUCCUAGAGAAAAAUUAAAGAGUAUGUUUCGAAAAAGAAAACUUUCUACAGCUAUUCCCUUUUAUAAAGUAAAAGAGGUUCGUUUUAGUGGGGACACUAAAGAUGAGGAGACACUAAAAAUGUUGGAUGAGGACUACGAGAUACCAGUAGAAGUAGCAAUUACUUUAUCUACACCUGAACUUACAGAAGCUGAAAAGGAAACAGGAACUCAUCCUUAUUACUACACACAACAAAGUCUUGUAACAGAAAAGAGACUUGCAGCAGGUAAAGCUAUGAUAGUUAGGCAGACUAGUUUAAUUAGAUCAGGUUCAGAAGAAGAUAGCAUAACUAAAUUUAGAAGACUUCGUCCAACACUUGUUAGAUCAAGUAGCUUACCAAAUAUACUACAAACAGAUUCAACUGUUCCAUACAUUCAUGAUCCAAUUAUAAUAUCUACUUUAAGAAAGAUAUCAGAAGCAAAAAUGAAAGGUAAACAGCGCAAAACUCGGAAAAAAAGAAAAACAUCUCUAAUGCCAAAAGAAAGCAAAGAAAGGAUAACGACAAAAUUAGAAAAAAAUCAGGAUUUAGACGCAGAAUCUUACACAAAGAACACUUUACCCCAAAUUACUUUAACAAGUUAUGAUCAAAAAUCUCCAGAACGUUUAGACUUAGCAACAUCAGCCGGUUCUAGUCAUUCCAAUAACCAUCCCGUUGAUGUCCAUAGUGAUCCUAAAGGUGAAGUUCAUACUAAAGAACAAGCUCCUCUAAUGAAACCAAUAAGGACAGAAAAAGUCAAAACAGUUGACGAUUGGAAUAUACUAGCAGAAGCACCAGAUCAGCACUCAAAAAGUAAACCUCCAGAUACACCGCUAAAAAUAAUAAUACCAAUAGAAACUUUGGUAUCUGAAGAAGAAAGGCCGAAGAAAUUGCCGUUUAGAAGAAAAUCUCCACCUCCACGAAAAAGACCAGAAACCCUCAGUUUAGCAGCAAAGAUAGGCGUAAGACCAACGAAAUAUAUUGCAGGUAUUUCUCUCAAAACCACAACACCAGGAACACCAGAUUCUUCGCCAACUAAACCUUUCGACAUUCCUAGCUCUUCUAAAGUUGCGCGAAGUACAUCGUUACCAAAAUCAUCAAUAAAACCUGGUAAAUCUUUAGGUAGUAGUCCAAAACGUUCCCCAAAAUUAGACAUUUCGUCGCCAACCUCACCCGAAAUUCGAAUAGAUGUUCCAUUUCAAGUUCAGGGAGAUAGUACACUUCAAAAAGAUUCCCAGUUAGCGCCUUCAUUAGAUCCAUUACAACGCCAAACUUUUCAUACAAAGACUAGAGAUAAGAAGUGACCACUACUCAAGAGCUGAAGAUAAAAGUGAAGACAAGUCUUGCAUAAAAAGGCUUAAAAAUUAAGACUCGCCAGGUCCUCCCACGUGAGAUGUUCCUUGCAACAGCGAUCGGGAGGUUUGAAGAAGUAAAAAAGUCUACAGAAGUCACUAUGCUCUUUAUAAUUAAAAGACCAAUCGUGAUUCGACCGUUAACGAUAUACGACAUCGUUAACUGUUGUCUCAAAGUUCAGACUUCGGAAGUAAAAAUGAAUGAACCACAACGGAAUAGAUCUUUGAAGAGAUUGUAGCAAUAUCAUGGAUUCAACUUUGAAACAAAUACUUGAAUAAAACAUUCAAAAUGAUGGUUCAAACAAGAGUUAUCCUAAAAUAAUCGGACAUCACACAAAUUUUAAAAGCAAAAAUGAGGCAUUUUAACUUAGAAUAGAGAUUAAGAAAAUACUGAAUCAAAUUAUAAACUAACACUAAAAAAACAUUAACGAUAUAAAAAUUUUAAUAACUAUGAAAUAUUUAUAAUUAGAGGCUACUAAUUUGAAAUGAAGUCUUCACUGAAGAACAGUAAACACUAGGACUCAAAACUGUAAAAGCUGAAACAAAGAGAAAAAAUUCAGGGAUUUCCUUCAUUCCUGUUCAUUGCAUCAAGUAUUUCUGUACAGAUUUUCUAUAAAAUCAGCACUUCGUUCAUUAAAUGAAACAAUGAUUCUGGAAGGAUCAAGGGAAGUUACUAGGAUUGUUGUUGGUUGAUUUAUUGUACCAAUUUCAAAUCAUUAUUUAUAAUUCACAAGUCAUAACUGCAUAGCUGCCAACUUGUUAAAAACAAAAAUAGGAACACAACGCAUAAGCCAAUUUGGGGUAAUUGUGACACAAAGGGAAAAACCCUGAACAUUUUUUGUGUAAAAAACUCGAUAUCAAUUUAUAAACCAUACAUGUUUCAUACUUCACAUAAGUUUCUUGAACUAACAUUUUUAAUUAAAUUACUUACUAAUGAAGAAUAUCACGCCAUUAUAGUAACUAAUUCAAGAAAAAACUUAUUUCAUACAAGAAUCGCGAUAUUGGAUUUUAAAAUACGAAAAUCGAUGUUAUAUAUUACAACCGGCUGAGUACGAAUCGAAAUAUUGGGUUUUAAAUAUGUGCCGUUACUAAUCGCAACAUCUGGUUUCACAACUGGAUAUUAGAUUUUUAAGUUGAGUGAACAGGAAUUGCGAUGUACGAUUUUUAAAUCGCGUGAAUACAAAUCGCAAUUUUAAAAUCAGGUAAAUACUAAAAUCGAUUAUUAGCAGAUUUCAAAUAUUCAAAACGGCGAAAAUUCGCCAAACCAAAAUAAUCCACUUCGCGAAAGAAUCAUACAUUUGUAAACGUCUCGUUAACAGGAUUUAGCACAAGUUUCAAAAUUUUGCCAGAUUAUAAGUUUUUGAUUCAGGGAAGUCCACAAACCAAUGGUUUUGAGAUAUGCGGAAUAUGGCGAUAUUCGUAAGAAAUUCAGUAUAAGGAGUGAAAAGGCGCGGGAAAACCGAAAAAUCAAAACAUUUUUACCUAAAAUCAUACUUACGGAAUAAGGCAAAAAAUUAAGAACACAAUUUAAAGGAACAGUUGGCAGCUGUGUAACUGAAUGUGAUAUUUGAAUGAAUAUUUCUGUUAUGCAAUAAAAUUAAAUACAUAUAAUUUCAAA